AUGGUCUUCACGGUCAACCGUUUUUCUAAUUGUUUUUCUUUUGGCAUAAGUUCGGUAAAUGUCAUUUUUAAAUGGCUGUUACUUCUAACUAAUGAUCGACCUUCUCCUGACCCAACAAUCAGCCAAGUCGUAAAGAAAAAGGAUUUGAAAAAAAGCCCUCAACAAGGAGCGGCAAUGCGAAGCGACGGACAGGAAGAAGCGUCGGUUUUGCAAAAAAUUCAGUCCAAGAAAGAGCUAAAGCGACAGAAGAAAGAGAUGCUCUCAAAACAGAUGACAAAGGAACUCCGACCUGAACCCAAGCAACAGAAACCGCGGAAAUCGAUCAGACCGGAUGCCUCAUCAUCUGGAUGA